CGGGCGGAGGAGGACUAGUGCGGGGUGGAAAGGAAGAGUGAGCCAGAGAGCAAGUUGAGGGGAGGGGGUGUAAGAGCUGGUGAAUUCUUUUUCUUUUUCUAUUAUUAUUUUGACGACUCCCGAGUUGCGCCCAUGCUCUUGUCAGCUUCGUUUUAGGCGUAACAUGGCCAGGCAGAAGAAAAUGGGGCAAAGCGUGCUCCGGGCGGUCUUCUUUUUAGUACUGGGGCUUUUGGGUCAUUCUCACGGAGGAUUCCCCAACACCAUCAGCAUAGGUGGACUUUUCAUGAGGAACACGGUGCAGGAGCACAGCGCUUUCCGCUUUGCUGUGCAGUUAUACAACACCAACCAGAACACCACUGAGAAGCCUUUCCAUUUGAAUUACCACGUAGAUCACUUGGAUUCUUCCAAUAGUUUUUCUGUGACUAAUGCUUUCUGCUCCCAGUUCUCAAGAGGGGUUUAUGCGAUCUUUGGAUUCUAUGACCAGAUGUCAAUGAACACCCUGACCUCCUUCUGUGGAGCCCUGCACACAUCCUUUGUCACGCCCAGCUUCCCCACUGAUGCAGAUGUGCAGUUUGUCAUCCAGAUGCGCCCAGCCUUGAAGGGUGCUAUUCUGAGUCUCCUUGGUCACUACAAGUGGGAGAAGUUUGUGUACCUCUAUGACACAGAACGAGGAUUUUCUAUCCUACAAGCGAUUAUGGAAGCAGCAGUGCAAAACAACUGGCAAGUGACAGCAAGGUCUGUGGGAAGCAUAAAGGAUGUCCAAGAAUUCAGGCGCAUCAUUGAAGAAAUGGACAGAAGGCAAGAAAAGCGAUACUUGAUUGACUGUGAAGUUGAAAGGAUUAACACGAUUUUGGAACAGGUUGUGAUCCUGGGGAAACAUUCAAGAGGUUAUCACUACAUGCUUGCUAACCUGGGUUUUACCGACAUUUUGCUGGAAAGAGUCAUGCAUGGGGGAGCCAACAUUACAGGUUUCCAGAUUGUCAACAACGAAAACCCUAUGGUUCAGCAGUUCAUACAGCGCUGGGUGAGGCUGGAUGAAAGAGAAUUCCCUGAAGCCAAGAAUGCACCACUGAAGUAUACAUCUGCAUUGACGCACGAUGCAAUACUGGUCAUAGCAGAAGCUUUCCGCUACCUGAGGAGACAGCGAGUGGAUGUGUCUCGAAGAGGUAGUGCUGGAGACUGCUUAGCAAAUCCUGCUGUGCCCUGGAGUCAAGGAAUUGAUAUUGAGAGAGCUCUGAAAAUGGUCCAAGUACAAGGAAUGACUGGAAACAUUCAGUUUGACACUUAUGGACGCAGGACAAAUUAUACCAUAGAUGUGUAUGAAAUGAAGGUCACUGGCUCUCGGAAAGCUGGCUACUGGAACGAGUAUGAGAGGUUUGUACCUUUCUCCGAUCAGCAAAUCAGCAAUGACAGUGCAUCUUCAGAGAACCGGACCAUAGUAGUGACUACCAUUCUGGAAUCACCAUAUGUAAUGUAUAAGAAAAACCAUGAGCAACUGGAAGGAAAUGAACGAUAUGAAGGCUAUUGUGUAGAUUUAGCCUAUGAAAUUGCCAAGCAUGUAAGGAUCAAAUACAAAUUGUCCAUUGUUGGUGAUGGGAAAUACGGUGCAAGGGAUCCUGAGACUAAAAUAUGGAAUGGCAUGGUUGGAGAGCUUGUCUAUGGGAGAGCUGAUAUAGCUGUUGCUCCACUUACCAUAACAUUGGUCCGUGAAGAAGUCAUAGAUUUUUCAAAGCCAUUUAUGAGCCUGGGCAUCUCCAUCAUGAUAAAGAAGCCUCAGAAAUCAAAACCAGGCGUAUUCUCAUUUCUGGAUCCCUUGGCUUACGAAAUCUGGAUGUGCAUUGUCUUCGCUUAUAUUGGAGUCAGCGUAGUUCUUUUUCUAGUCAGUAGAUUCAGCCCUUAUGAAUGGCACUUAGAAGACAACAAUGAAGAACCUCGUGACCCACAAAGCCCUCCUGACCCUCCAAAUGAAUUUGGAAUAUUUAACAGUCUUUGGUUUUCCUUGGGUGCCUUUAUGCAGCAAGGAUGUGAUAUUUCUCCAAGAUCACUCUCUGGGCGCAUUGUUGGAGGGGUUUGGUGGUUCUUCACCCUGAUCAUAAUUUCUUCAUAUACUGCCAAUCUUGCUGCUUUCCUGACUGUGGAAAGGAUGGUUUCUCCAAUAGAGAGUGCUGAAGACUUAGCUAAGCAGACUGAAAUUGCAUAUGGGACCCUGGACUCUGGUUCAACAAAAGAAUUUUUCAGAAGAUCCAAAAUUGCUGUGUACGAGAAAAUGUGGUCUUACAUGAAAUCGGCAGAGCCAUCUGUGUUUACCAAAACAACAGCAGAUGGGGUGGCCCGAGUGCGGAAGUCCAAGGGAAAGUUUGCCUUCCUGCUGGAAUCGACCAUGAAUGAGUACAUUGAGCAGAGAAAACCGUGUGAUACGAUGAAAGUUGGUGGAAAUCUGGAUUCCAAAGGCUAUGGUGUGGCAACCCCUAAAGGCUCAGCAUUAAGAAAUGCUGUUAACCUGGCAGUAUUAAAACUGAAUGAGCAAGGCCUCUUGGACAAAUUGAAAAACAAAUGGUGGUACGACAAAGGAGAGUGCGGCAGCGGGGGCGGUGACUCCAAGGACAAGACCAGCGCUCUGAGCUUGAGCAAUGUGGCAGGCGUUUUCUAUAUACUUGUCGGAGGUCUGGGGCUGGCCAUGAUGGUGGCUUUGAUAGAAUUCUGUUACAAAUCUCGGGCAGAGUCCAAACGCAUGAAACUCACAAAGAACACCCAAAACUUUAAGCCUGCUCCUGCCACCAACACUCAGAAUUAUGCUACAUACAGAGAAGGCUACAACGUGUAUGGAACAGAAAGUGUUAAGAUCUAGGGAUCCUUUCCCACUGGAGGCAUACAAUGAGAGGAAAUCACUGAAAACUUGGCUGCUUCAAGGAUCCUGAGCCAGAUUUCACUCUCCUUGGUGUCGGGCAUGACACGAAUAUUGCUGAUGGUGCAAUGACCUUUCAAUAGGAAAAACUGAUUUUUUUUUCCUUCAGUGCCUUAUGGAACACUCUGAGACUUGCAACAAUGCAAACCAUCACUGAAAUCUUUUUGCUUUGCUUGAAAAAAAUUAAAAUAAAAACAAACAAAAAACGGACAUGCAAGAUUCCAGUAUGCGGAAAAAAAAAUCUUACUGAAAAAAGUCAAUUCAACAAAAGCCAUUCUUUGAUACCACUGCACAGUAUAUAAACAACAUGUUCUUUAAUAUACACACACAUACAAAUAUACACACAUACACACACACACACACACGCACACACACACAUUUAAAAUCCCAGUUUAGCAAAUAGGCCCACUCAUCUUAGCUAAAAGAAUUAAUUCCUCCUGAUUAAAAUAAUAAAUAUUAUAUAUAUAUACAUAUAUACAUAUAUAUAUAUAUCUGUCUCCCGGUAUUUGGGAAGACAGACUGGCAUUUCUUCUAGGAUCUGCAGACCAGAUGUUUUUGGUAUUUCCUGUUGGUGGUGAUAUUCUGUAUACCCUAUUUCCUUUCAAUGUUGCUGAAAUGUGUGUAUCUUUAGAAUGUAAGUGCGACACUUAUGAAAAUUCAAAUGCUUUGAAAAAGGGACUAAACGGUGACUUCUCUGUGUUCUUGAAAUGGUUUUGUGAAAAUGCUUUGAAAACUUCCCACUUGGUAAAGGGAUUAAGAGAGCUUUUGAAAUCAAUGUAUGUGUAGCAAGAGAUGGGGCACUAUCAGGCAAACCUCUCGGUGCUUUCCUACAAUGGAUCCCCGGGGCUUUCCAAGAAGCCUGGAAUUUCAGCUCACAGAUCUGUUUUUCUUGCUUCAGUGUGCAUUUUAAGUCAAUAUAGCUGAGUAUUUAGCAUUGAGGUAAGGGAAAUGCUGCCUAUACUCCCAGAUGUGUUUAGAGUAUCUUUCUCAGAAACAACACUGUGUUUAGCUCUGCUUUCUCUGCUAAGUAUACCUUUAAAGUGUACACCACCAAGACAGGACCGUGUUGCAAGGUGGGCCAGUGGGUUCAGACCACAGUUCUCAAUCUGACUUUACUCGCGCUAGGUCUGUUUUACCAGCUGUUGCCUGUUACUGCCCGCGGCUCUCCGUCAAACUGCAUGUGUCCUUUUCUAGUUUGCAAAGACUAAAAUGCAUUCCCAAACCUACUGCUAAUCUGAGGGCCUAAGCAUCAUUCCCAGGUCCUUGCUUGGAGCAAAUUCUCUGCUGACUCUCAGAAGAUCAAUCUACUGCUCCACAGGCUAUCAAGUAACUAAUUGCAUACCUGCCACUGACAUCAUCUGAACAGCCUGAGGAAAUAGUCUCCGCUCACUAAUUACCUCCUAUAUAACAACGUAAGCUUGCUGUAGUAGAGUAGUUUGCUCUCAUCGGUAAUGUGCAUUGGGAAGUUUGCAGACUGUAAAAACUAGGAGCUCACCUUCAUUUCCCAAGUGUGACCCUUAGAUGCUUAGUUGACUUACUGGAUAUUUGCUCCUGUCUUCAGAAAAGAAAGGAAGAAGUCUCGUUCCCACGAAACAUUUUCAGAAAAGUGUAAUAUAAACUUUCAUUCCAAAAAUUGUGUCAUAAGCAAAUAAUUCACCUGUCAGAUUUUAAAUGGUAUUCAACAAAAAAGGAAAGCUGUUGUAUUUUUGUUUUGUUUUGUUUUGUUUUGUUUUCAUGAAACUGUGAUUUUUCAACUUAUGAAUGCUAUAAUGUCCCAGUGUGGGAAGCUAAUGCUGUGUGAAUACAAAGUUGUUUAAAACAAACCAACCAACCUACACACAAAUAUUUUCAUAGGCACUGUAUAAGAGAAAUGUAUGUUUAUUGAUUCAAAUCAGUUUUUCAGAGCGGAAACUUCACUGGGAUAAAGAAGUGAGUAAAUUGGUUUAUUAUUUUUAAAACUUGCAUGUUUAAAAAGCUGAUUGCUUCAAAUUUCUGCUACUAACUUCAAGUUAUGGGAGUUUGGCAGUACUCACUUGAGGAUAUUUUUUCCAAUUCUUUUCUUUUUGUUGUUAAAGCUGUACUUCAGUGAACAGAAAAAUUGCCAAGCAAACUAAUGGCCAUAAAAGCAUAAAUUGCAUGUGUGGGCAUAAUUACAGAGCCUCAUUGCCAUGAGGUAUUGUACAAAGUUUUAAUACAUUUUGUAAAUAAAAUUGUAAAGAAAGA